AUGCGGAUACCUGGAAACAGUGUGGAGUUCGUCCUGCAAACCGGAAUGGAGCGACCAUCAAAGGCCAAGAGGGAGAAGUACAUAAACACUCGUCUACUGAGUCGUCUAAAGUGUCUUGAUGGGAGCAGCGAAACUAUUUACGAGCGAGAUGUGGCCAUUAAAACUGUGUCAUUGCUAUGCGGAGGCUCCAAGGAGGGAUUUGAAUCCAGAAAUGCCAAAGAAAUACCACCCCUUUUCGUGAAUAUUUUCGGCAACAAUGGCCAAGUGCUGCAGUCGAGGGUUGUUGUGUUUCAUAAUGAUGACAGCAGCCAACUUCAGUGCUCCUUCCUGAUGCUGCCCCACACUGGUCAUCAUGAUGAUGAUGAUGAUGAUGAAGAUUACGUUUGGCUAUAA